AUUAAGGUUUUGCCUAUUUGUAAAAUAUUUAACAGGAUAGUGUUUUAAAAUGGUUGCUGCAGAUAAGAAAGGGUAGGAGCAGAACACCUGUAAUAAUAGAGAAACAGCUGUUUAUUGAGCACUAAUGGUUUCGAACCACAGUAGUCGGGGUUUGAACCUGGCCUUUCUCUGAGGUCUCCUUAAACGGCGCACUCUGCACUUGGGCUGUCCAUGAAGGUGGAGAGAAUGCUUUUCCGCAUAGUCCAAGCUGGUGGCAGCAUUCAUGCCUGUUUCAGGUCCCUCGUUGUGGUCCAUUUUUGGGCACCAUGGGCUCCGCAGUGUGUUCAGAUGAACGACGUGAUGGCAGAAUUAGCCAAAGAACACCCCCAGGUUUCGUUUGUGAAGUUGGAAGCUGAAGCCGUUCCUGAAGUAUCUGAAAAAUAUGAAAUUAGCUCUGUUCCCACCUUUCUGUUUUUCAAGAAUUCUCAGAAAAUUGACCAGUUAGAUGGUGCACAUGCCCCAGAGUUGACCAAAAAAGUUCAGCGACACGCAUCUGUGGGCUCCCUCCCACCCAGUGGUAGUGAGCACCCCAAAGAAGACCUCAACAUUCGCCUGAAGAAAUUAAUUCACGCUGCCCCCUGCAUGCUGUUUAUGAAAGGGACUCCGCAGGAGCCGCGCUGUGGUUUUAGCAAGCAGAUGGUGGAAAUUCUCAACAAACACAAGAUUCAGUUUAGCAGUUUCGAUAUCUUCUCAGAUGAAGAAGUUCGUCAGGGCCUCAAAACCUAUUCCAACUGGCCCACCUAUCCCCAGCUCUAUGUUUCUGGCGAGCUCAUUGGAGGACUUGACAUUGUGAAGGAGCUGGAAGCAUCUGAAGAACUAGAUACAAUUUGCCCCAAAGCCCCCAAAUUAGAGGAAAGGCUCAAAGUACUGACAAAUAAAGCUUCUGUGAUGCUCUUUAUGAAAGGAAACAAACAGGAAGCUAAGUGUGGAUUCAGCAAACAGAUUCUGGAAAUACUAAAUAGUACCGGUGUUGAGUUUGAGACGUUCGACGUUCUGGAAGACGGAGACGUUCGGCAGGGAUUGAAAACCUUCUCCAAUUGGCCAACAUACCCGCAGCUCUAUGUGAAAGGGGAGCUCAUUGGCGGGCUGGACAUCGUUAAGGAACUGAAAGAAAACGGUGAAUUGCUGCCUACACUGAAAGGAGAAAAUUAAUAAAUGUUACACAUGUUGCCCAACUAGUGCAGGAAAUACUUAGUUACAGCCACACAGCUCCGGGCCAGGCCCCAUCCUGGACUCAGGGAGGAAGGGCUUCCUCCCAUCGCUCUGUUCCACGGGCUGUGCUAAAGAAAUAUAUGUUACGUUUUCCCACCAAAAACAGAAUGCAAUAAACAUCUUUGAAUUCAAUUAAAA